CUUCCUUCACAAAUGCCUGCUGAAAUAAAAAGUGAUGGAAUUAUAUUUCUUGUGUGAAUGAAUCACAAAUCUCCCUCUAUUCAUCAUCGAGCAUGGCCGACAACAAUCACCUCCAUCUCCAAACCCUAACCAAUUCCAAUUCCAAUUCCAAUUCCAAUUCCCUCACCACCACCACAACCAACCACCACUCCCGCCGCCGCCGCCGCCGUGAUAAGGAAGACGAAGACAGCUUUGCCGCAGAGGGCGACGCCGCCGAGGUCUGGGGCACCUUCACCGAGAACUUUCGCCAAGUCCAGUCGGUUCUCGAUCGGAACCGCGUACUGAUUCAGCAAGUUAACGAGAACCACCAGUCGAAGAUUCACGACAAUAUGAUCAAGAACGUUGCUCUAAUUCAGGAGAUUAAUGGAAACAUAUCGAAGGUCGUCUCUCUCUACUCCGACCUUUCAACCAAUUUCUCCACUAUGUUCCAUCAACGAAACGAACCUCUUGAUUCCAAGAGCAAGGACGAUACUUCUCAGGCUUGAAUUGAAUCCAUCGAUUUUCAGAGGAAUCAUGACUGCGGGACUUACCAUCUUCCUCCUCAACUUGUUGACUUUAAUGAGGUAUUUAUGUUCUGUUCGUUCGUUCAUUAUCUCUUGCUUUUUUGUUUUUGGUUCUGCAUAUAACAUAUGUUACAUGAACUCGGGUACGAGUAUCGAGUGCGGUUGUGGGUGUGCAUUCAAGCGUCAGACGUUUAUAAACUUAAAUCUUAAGAUACAUAUACAAAAUUAAAUAGGAUUCAAGAAAAAUAUGAAAUUUCUAUCUUUAAUUCAUAUGAGAAGCUAGGAAAUCUGAGUUUCUUCUUCAUAUAUUGUAACAAAUUAAAGAAUCCGAGUUUCUAAAUUGGGUACUUGUCAUAUCUGGUGAACAAUGGCACUUUGGGAAAAUAGAAGAGUCCGAAUAACACAACAUAUAACUGAUCUGAUAUGUUGAAGUUAGAUUAAAAUUUUGACUUGAGGAUCAUAGGUUUUUAUUUAUUGAACAGUGAAUUCAUUUUUUAAAUUGGUGUAUCUUGUGUGUGGAUUUUUCCCUUUUUUCCAUGGGGAUUUUGGUAGGAAGAGAAACUAGCAGAGUUUAAUUAAUAUGAUGAACAAUUGUUGUUGCGAUGCGUCAAUAAGGUCACAGGACCAUCUAGUGAAAACGAUAUGAGGAAGUCAUACAAAAAUGUGUAAAUUGAGUACCUUUCAAAAUUGCAGCUUGAGUUUUUUGUUUUUUCAAGAUUCUUGCAACUGAGAUCUACACAUUAAGGAAUUUCUAUUCUCUCAACCGUUUUUUGUACCUCCUACUCUUAAUUAAUGGUUAAAAACUAAUACAAGAAAAGAUUGCCUCA